AUGCCUAUUUCUGAACCAGAAACAAUCGCAAGUCGCGUUGAGGAAUGUCCAGGAUAUAAGACUACCAUCCACCGGCAGCCUGGGAUCAAUGCAAAAUCAGCGAUCAACCAAGUCCUGAAUACUCCAGAAAUCCUGGAGAUGAUCCUAGCUGAGAUGGAUAUGCGCACGCUUCUUACAUCUACUCAACGAGUCUGUCGUACCUGGCUAAACCUGAUCAGCAAGUCACCGUCAAUCCAAAAGGCUCUUUUCUUCACUCCGAUCAAGGAAUCCGAAUGGGGAAUGGACGAAACGACACCUAAUCCGCUCUUGGCGCAGACCUUUCCUUCUUUCUUUCCUGCCAAGGGGCGAUUGAAGAACUACCGGUUCAACUUUUCCGACUUGGCCAUGACCAAGGACGCGUCAACUAUGGCUCGAUUCGUACGCGACGACGCAAGCUGGCGCAAGAUGCUAGUCCAACAACCUCCCAUCUCGGAUAUCGGAAUUUUACAUAUUUCUCAUGGAAUGGGCGGCGAUAGUGCUGGAAGCUCGAACAUCCCGGCGGAUAAAAAGACGCAAUCCGGACAUGAUGGUCUUCGGAUGGAAAGACUCUUCGAGCUUUUGCUCUUCAGUAACCAGGUUCAAUUUUUCAGUUACACUAAAACACGGGUGUAUUGGUCUACCGAAAAUCCCAUCUCAUUUGACGAAAGCUAUCAAAACAUCAACGAUGAGUUCCACCGGGUGAUUAGCAAGUUUGGCUUGGUUUUCUUUACACGCAAGGUGGUUCAGUGCUCUCACGGCAUGGGUAAUUCUCCAAGUACCGAGGAACUUAUCAGGAAGGAGAUUACAACAGCAUAUAUGGAACAAGGUUUGGAUAUUGAUCGGAGGAGAAAGGAUAUCGAAGAAUCGAGCGGUGAAAUAGUUGGCUUUAGGGGGUCUUCUUUAAGAUAG